ACUCCACUGUUCAAAACAAUACUUUAAGUUCCGGCUGUCUGGCGCCGCGUCCUCAUGAAGAUGUCUCAAAAUAAUCCCGACAAAGACGACCAAACGUCCGCUAACAAAAAAACCAUCUCCCUCCCGAUUUCCCGAGUGCGGUUGAUAAUGAAGAGCUCUCCGGAUGUCUCCAGCAUCAACCAGGACGCGCUUUUCCUCACCACCAAGGCGACAGAGCUGUUUGUCCAGCACCUGGCCGUGUCCUCGUUCAACAGCGGCUCCGGGAAAGAGAGCAACAGUCUGUCAUACAGCGACCUGGCUCACACCGCAGAGGAGAUCGAGACUUUCCACUUCCUCACAGAUAUCCUGCCUAAGAAGAUCUUGGCACAAGAUUACCUCAAGUCUUUGGAGCAAAUGCAAGAAGAGGACACUGACUUUUAAAAAAAAAAAAAAAAAAAAGUACACUGGCUGCAUGUCACUUCUGGACAGAUGUUAUCAAUUGUACACGCCUUUCAUUGAGAGCAGAAUGACUGGCAGACGAGACACCCGGAGCUGUCUCAGUGCUUUUAAAUACAUUGACAGAGUUCAGCUGUAGGGCUUACGGAAGAAGUUAGUGGACAAACACGGAGAUGAGAGUAAAACCGCAAAAUCAAAUAACGUCUUAGAUGAACACAGAAGUUGUGACAGAUGUCUAAGAAACCUAAAUUUGUAACAAUGGCCUAAACAAAGCAGCCUUAGAUCAUCAAUCAUAUUGCAAUUGAUCACCUCUACAAAGACAAUAUGUUUGUGUAGGUUAAAGCACUGUUGUAGCUAAUAAAUGAUGUACUUGAAUCGUAGAUUACAGAACGAUGUUGCAUACGGCCCUAUUCCUAGACUAUCUUUAAAGGUCUUCUGGUAGCAGUGUCUUAUAAAUGUCAUGCUUGUUUUGCAUGCACAACAAUCAGGAGGAGUGAAUUGUUUUGUUCUUAACAACUUGCAGGCCUGUAUUAGUUCAUUCCACAUAACAGACCACACGGCUGGAGCACAGAUGUCUCAGCUCCUGAUUUAUUGUUGCCUUUUAAAAUAUGAUUUGGUGAACACUUUAUUUGAGACAUGUUGUAAAACAUUGAUUUCCAGGUGAAAUGUGCUGAUAUUACUGACUCUAAGUUCUACAUAUACACUUAUGUUUGAGUUCUGAGUAGUUUAUCAAAUACUUGAAAGUGGUUUGAACUAAUCAAAAGUUUAAAUACCUCCUUUUUUUCCCAGCUUAACUACAAAGCAACUGAACAUGCUGUGUUUUUUUUCCAAAUGAAAAUUCACUCUCAGCCUAACAGAUGUGACUAUUCAAAGUGUAUAUAACAGCUGGCCAACUUAUAAGGCAUCUUCCUCAUACAUUUACAAGUUAAUUGUUUAGAUUUGAUAUUAAAAUAAAGAUUCAUGCUGUCUGAUA